AUGUUAUUAAAUGCAAUAUGUAUAUUUACAUUAAGUGGAAUAAGUAAUUAUUUAUUUAAAGUAUUACCAUCAAUAAGUAAACAAAUAAUAUUAGUAGCAAGUAUAUUAAUAUCAAUACCAACAUUAUAUUCAUGAAAUGAAUUAGGAGUAUAUUAUACAACUGAUGGAAUAGCAGAUACAUUAAUAUUAUUAACAUUAUAUUUAUUACCAAUAAGUAUAUUAUCUAAUUGAAAUAAUAUUAAUAGUAAUUUAUAUUAUGAAUUAGUAUUAUAUACAGGAUUAAUAAUGUUAAUGAAUUUUAUGUGUCAAGAUAUGACAACAUUCUAUAUAUUUUUUGAAGCAUCUUUAGCUCCAUUAUUUAUAUUAAUUGGUAUUUAUGGUGCUUCAAAUAAAGAUAAAGCAGCUGAUUAUAUAUUAAUAUAUACAUUAUUAUCAUCUUUAUUUAUGUUAUUAGCUAUAGCUUUAUAUCAAUAUUUAUUAGGUUCAACUGAUUAUCAAACAACUGGUUUAGUUGUUUUAUCUAUAGAUUUACAAUGUAUAUUAUUUUUAGCUAUAUCAAUAGGUAUAGCAGUUAAAACACCAUUAGUACCAGUACAUACUUGAUUACCUGUUGUUCAUUCAGAAAGUCCUUUAGCUGGUUCAAUUUUAUUAGCUGGUAUAUUAUUAAAAUUAGCUAUUUAUGGUAUUAUUAGAUUAAUGAUACCAACAUUAUCAGAUGCAACAAUAUUAUUUACACCAAUAAUAUAUGUUAUAGCUAUAAUAACAAUAAUAUAUACAAGUAUAAUAACUUUAAGACAAACUGAUUUAAAAGUUAUUGUUGCUUAUAGUUCAAUAUCACAUAUGGCUGUUGCUAUAUUAGGUAUAUUUUCUAAUAAUUUAAUUGGUUUAAAUGGUAGUUUAAUAUUAUCAAUAGCUCAUGGUUUUGUAUCACCUGGUUUAUUUAUUUUAUUAGGUGGUUCAUUAUAUUCACGUUAUCAUAAUCGUUUAAUUUAUUAUUAUCAAGGUUUAAUAUCUUAUAUGCCAAUAUUUUCAUUUUAUUUUAUAUUCUUAAGUUUUUGUAAUAUAGGUGCUCCAUUAUCAGUUAAUUUUAUAGGAGAAUUAUUAAGUAUAUCAGGUGCUAUUAUGCGUUCACCUAUUUUAGGUUCAAUAGCUGCUAUUUCUGUUCUUUUAAGUGCUUCUUAUCAAUUAAAAUUAACUAAUAGAUUAACUGGUGGUGUUAAAAUACCUUCAAUGAAAUUAACUGCUGAUUUAAUUUAUCGUGAACAAGUUAUUUUAUUAUUAUUAAUUAUUCCUACUGUUAUUUUUGGUAUAUGACCUUCUUACAUAAGUUCUAUACUUGAAUGAGAUUUAUCUAAAUUAUUAUAUUUAUUUAUUUAA